UUUUAAAAACAAUCCCAAUUAACCAACUCAUAUAUCAAAGGCUUCAAACCCCUCAAAACCCCCAAAACUAUACAAAGUCACAAACCAAUAGGUAGACUGAGAAGACAGAUAGAGAGAGAGAGAGACAGGAGUAGAAGAGACAGAGAAGCAAGCAAGAGAAAUCCAUGAAAGGAAGAGAUGGAAAAGCUGCUGCACCAACAGAUUUGUUGGUAUGUUUUCCAUCAAGGGCUCAUCUAUCACUCAUGCCUAAACAAAUUUGUAGUCCAGUAAGGGUUCCAGAAGCAGCAAAUAAGAGGUAUAACAAUAAUAAUAAUCAUCAUCUUCAAUUAGCUAGGGCUAGUAACAGAUGUGGUGGUCAAGGUAGUCCAUUGUUAUUAGCUAAAGCUAAAGCUAUUGCUAAUAAGAUGGGUGCAUCAGAAAUUGAUGAACCAACUUCACCGAAAGUUACUUGUGCAGGUCAAAUUAAAGUCAGAACUAAAACUGGAAGAGGUUCGUGCAAGAAUUGGCAAACAGUUAUGGAAGAAAUUGAGAGAAUUCAUAAGAAAAACUCAUCAACAUCAUCGUCGAAACAUAAGAAUGGUAGUGAUACUAAGAAAUCAACUUGGGUGGAAGCACUUGGUUUUAAGAAAGAUGUAAUGCAUUUCUUAACUUGCUUAAAAGGUUUUAAAGUCGAUUUUAGAUGUUUUGGCAAUUUUCAUGGGUCUGGUGUUAUCUCUGACGAUGACGAAGACGAUGAAGACGACGAUGAAGAUGUGAACGAAGACGAAGAAAAUGAUGAAGUGCGUAGUGAAUUAGGUAACGAUCAUCUUACCAGAAGUAAGUCAUCAAGAACUGUUUACUCUAAGUGGUUUAUGGUUUUGGAAGAAAAUAAAGAAAAUGGGUUGUUUGAAGAAAACAAAAAUGAAGAGAAAAAUGAUUGUCCAUCAGCACCUCCUCCGAAUGCACUUUUGCUAAUGCGAUGUCGGUCGGCACCCGCGAAAAGUUGGUUAGAAGAGAAAGAAGAAGAAGAAAAACAAAAACAAGAACAGGACCAAGAACAUGAAGAUGAAGAAUCAAAGGAUUAUAACAACAACAAGUUAAAAGUUUUGUUUGAUGAAGAACAGAAAAAAGAGAAUUUGAUAUUAAAGUGUUAUUCUCCUGAUUUCACUAUGGUUUCUUCUGAUGUUGCUAAAGAAACAUGGGUUGUUGGCGGAAUAAGAGAUUCAAGAGAUCCAUUGUCAAGAAGCAGAAGCUGGAAGAGACGAUGAUGAUGAUGAUGAUAAAAAAUCAUCCGAACAUUUUGAAUAAUGGUGAAUUUAAUUUUAAUAAUUUACUAUAAUUUUCAUUUUUGGUUUGAAUUUGUUUACAUUUUUAGUUGGUUUUUAUUUUCUCGAUAUUUUUGUUUUUGGUAUGUUUAUUUGGAUUUGGUGGUAAACUGAUAAUCAUAAAGUUACUGCUCUAAUGACCUUUUUUUCCUGUAAUUUUGAUUUAAUUUGUACAGAGUUAAUUUCUCUUCUUUUUUUCUUCUUUUUUUUUUUCAUAUAAGGUAUGUGUCGUGAUAUAAUGAUAAAAAUGUGA